GGAGGAGGGGGGGGGUGGAGAGGCAGCCUCUCCUCGGGCCUUCGUCAGAGCGAAGCGGUCAGGAAGAGCAGCAGCCAUCCCAGCGGAGCACAGCAGGACGUGGGGACAGGAGCUGGGGGACUGCGCCCCUGCACAGCAGACGAGAUGAAGCAUCUCUUCCUCCUCUUCCUCCUCGGGCUCAUCAGCAGCUCUAUGCAGAUUGAAGACAACAAGAUCCCCAGGCAGUGCUCAGGGCAGCCGGGCAUCCCCGGCACCCCAGGCUUGCACGGGGGCCAGGGUCUGCCAGGCAGAGAUGGACGAGAUGGCCGGGAUGGGGCGAUGGGGAUGCCAGGCGAGAAGGGCGAGAUGGGUCCACCAGGAGCUCCCGGACCCCGUGGGGAGAUGGGCAGCCCCGGCAUGGAUGGCAUGCAUGGCGAGAAAGGAGCACAGGGUGAAUGUGCAGUGGCCCCCCGCUCCGCCUUCAGCGCCAAGCGUUCCGAGUCCCGCAGCCCACCACUGGCCGACCAGCCCAUCCGCUUUGAUGUGGUCCUGAUCAAUGAGCAGGGCCACUACGACCCCAACACUGGCAAGUUCACCUGCGAGGUGCCUGGCCUCUACUACUUUGCUGUCCAUGCCACUGUCUACCGCUCCAGCCUGCAGUUUGAUAUCAUGAAGAACGGGCACUCCAUCGCCUCCUUCUUCCAGUACUACGGGAACUGGCCCAAGCCCACCUCGCUCUCUGGGGGGGCUCUGGUUCGCCUGGAGCCCGAGGAUGAGGUAUGGGUGCAGGUGGGAGUCGGGGACUACAUCGGCUUCUAUGCCAGCGUGAAGACAGACAGCACCUUCACUGGCUUCCUCGUCUACUCCUACUGGCAGAACUCCGCCGUCUUCGCCUGAGCAUGAGGCUGGGGAUGGGGACCCCAUGGGCACCCCUUGGGGAUGGGAUCUGGCCAUAUGGGAGCCAGGAUGCUCAGCAUCCUCCCCUUGCCCUACUGCGACUUCAUAGCCUCGCGCCAGGCAGGGGCACGCUCUCCCUGCCACCCAAUGCAGCUCUGUGCCAGAGCUAAGCAUGAUCGUGGGCACCCAGCUUUGGGGCUCUGUGCCCAUGCCGGGGAGCUGCAGUGACCUGAUGGCCGCAUUGUCCCUGUGCACGCAGCGUCCCCCGGCCAGCUUCUCCCUGCGGGCUGCCUGGCCGCUGGCACGGCGAGGGGCCCGUCCUGCCACCUCCUGCCACGUCCCACGGUGAGCGGCCAUCCUGCCCGUGUCACCUGUGUCCCCGUCCUCGUCCCCGUCUUCCAGCCGCCCAUCUCCUCCUUCACCCGCAAUAAAGGGGUCUUCAUCCCUGCGCCUGCU